AUGGGGUUCAAAUACAGGCCAGACCAAUGCGAUGCCGCGAUUGAUGGUGAAGCAAUCCCCGACAAGCUGGGCGGCUGCCAUAUUCUUUGCCUCAUAAGGGGCAUUCGAUACCAUCCCGGCUUCGCGACCGAACUGCAAGAGCAGUCACACAGGAAGAUUAUCACCAGGGCAUUUAAUGCACGCAGUAUCAUGAGCAACGUCAUUCCUGACAUGACUGCCCCUGACGAUAUGCCCUACUGCAUCUGGUACCCCGAUAUUGCGACUGAGGAAACAUAUCGCAAGCUGGCGGCCCGGUACCCCCAGGUGCGUUACCAAGUCGGGCGUGCCUGUGCUGUUGCGGGUUAUGUGGAUUUAUACAAGGAGCUGAACUUGCUUCCAGACGUGCACAUUGCUGAAGAAGCGCGCAACAACAGAUGCACCGAGAUCCAUGACUUGAUCAUGGGUGCUGAAGCAAAGUACGAUGUGAUGAAUGAUUACAAUCGUACCGUCAACCUGGAAAAUCCACCGAAGUCCUACCUUAAUGGCGACACACAGGUACGCUCCUUGUUGGAAGUCAAGCACGCGCAUGAGAAAGAUUGGCAAUUCGGGGACAAUCUCUGGUACUUUAAUAUCACCGAAGACAUGAAUAUUGAUUCGUACACCACAUAUGGCGACGAGGCCAUUACGGAGGAUGUCACACCGUUCCUCUACGCCCCUCUCCCAGUCGACUUGCCCACUGUCAACAAAGACCUCCUCAUUCUAACAGCAGCAUACUAUGGCGACAUCGAUCGGUAUGUCCGACUGCGGCGCCCAAUGAUGAUAUAUCGUGAGAACGUAUGCGUUGUCCGCGGCAUAUUCCACAACACCAUGUUUGCCAAAUGGUGGUCGCUGCAAGACCUCACGAACAUACCGGUAUCUAGUCAGAUCGAGGCCGCCAUAUCCGCACGCUUCAUCAUGAACAAUGACCUUUCGUAUGUACUCGCACAUCCCAGAGCGGCCCCCGACUGUAUCUGGUAUCCAAACGUGGCGAGCUGGUCUACCUAUUUGGAACUUGCCAAAAGAAUCCCAGAAAUGGCCGGUACAGUUGCCCGCGCAUGCAUUGUGGCGAACCUGGCGGCGACCUAUCGAGAUUUGCCGGAUUUCAAGCCCAGCUGGGAAAUGGUUCUUGAAGCGAAAGAAUGUCCGAAUCCCUUUUUCUUGGAAGACUUGAAGCGACGUGCGGUUGAACAUGGUAUUGAUCCCGAUUGUUCCUGGCCUCAGAAUGAACCUUGGAGGUGGGAUCCCAUUGGGUGUACUGUGAGACAAGUAGGGCUUCAGAGACCAUCUCUCUCUCUCUACAGCAAGGUCGAUGCACGGUAUGUGGUCGCGGAUACAGACUAUACCUCUAUUUACAAUGGGUACUGCUGCUCCAUCAGCCAGGUGGAGGCGUUUGUGUGUGCUCCAGAGGAGUGGAGGAACAAAGGUCUACGGGACAUUGAGGAUCUAUACAAGGAUGCUGCCCUGCUGGAUAAGUUUCAACAAAUGGGCCUGUAG